CGCACGGUGCGCACGGCGCGUCGGGGCUGAGCUGAGCUGAGCCCGGCUGGGGCCGCAGAGGAGCGGCGUGGCGGAGGACGCCGAGACGCUGCGGCCGCGCGGAGGGGACGAGCUGCGCACUUGGAAAGUUACCCGGCGGCCUGGUUCCUGAGCAACAUGGGAAAUGGUUCAGUGAAACCCAAGCAUUCGAAGCACCCAGACGGCCAGUCAGGGAACCUCAGCAAUGAAGCCCUGCGGAGCAAAGUGGCAGAGCUGGAGCGCGAGGUGAAGAGGAAGGAUGCAGAACUUCAGGAGCGCGAGUACCACCUGAAGGAGCUUCGGGAGCAGCUGGCUAAGCAGACCGUGGCCAUUGCGGAGCUCACCGAGGAGCUGCAGAGCAAGUGCAUCCAGCUGAACAAGCUGCAGGAUGUUAUCCACGUGCAGGGAGGAAGCCCACUGCAGGCCUCUCCCGACAAAGUGCCUCUGGAUGUUCACCGCAAGACCUCAGGCUUGGUCUCCCUCCACAGCAGGAGGGGGGCGAAGGCUGGAGUGUCUGCAGAGCCCACAAGCCGGACCUAUGACCUCAACAAGCCCCCUGAGUUCUCCUUUGAGAAAGCGAGGGUCAGGAAGGAUUCCAGUGAGAAAAAACUUAUCACAGACGCCCUGAAUAAGAACCAGUUUCUGAAGAGACUGGAUCCGCAGCAGAUCAAAGACAUGGUGGAAUGCAUGUACGGGAGAAACUAUCAACAGGGCAGUUACAUCGUUAAGCAAGGGGAACCUGGAAACCACAUCUUUGUGCUGGCCGAGGGUAGACUGGAGGUGUUCCAAGGAGAGAAAUUGCUGUCGUCCAUCCCAAUGUGGACCACGUUUGGGGAGCUGGCUAUUUUGUAUAAUUGUACGCGGACUGCCUCUGUGAAAGCUAUUACCAAUGUUAAAACUUGGGCUCUCGAUAGAGAGGUUUUCCAGAACAUUAUGAGGAGAACGGCGCAAGCCAGGGAUGAGGAAUACAGAAACUUCCUCAGAAGUGUCUCCUUGUUGAAGAAUUUACCUGAAGACAAACUAACCAAGAUUAUUGACUGCUUGGAAGUGGAAUACUAUGACAAAGGAGAUUAUAUCAUCAGAGAAGGAGAGGAAGGGAGCACCUUUUUCAUCUUGGCAAAAGGAAAGGUGAAAGUCACACAGAGCACAGAGGGCCAUGAUCAGCCACAGUUGAUCAAAACACUGCAGAAAGGAGAGUACUUUGGAGAAAAGGCUCUGAUCAGUGAUGAUGUCAGAUCGGCCAAUAUAAUCGCGGAAGAAAAUGAUGUCGCAUGCCUCGUGAUCGACCGAGAAACAUUCAACCAAACUGUCGGGACAUUUGAUGAACUCCAAAAAUACCUUGAGGGGUAUGUGGCCACCCUGAACCGUGACGAUGAAAAGAGACACGCAAAGCGCUCCAUGUCUAGCUGGAAGUUGUCCAAAGCCCUUUCUCUGGAGAUGAUUCAGCUGAAAGAGAAGGUUAAAGUUAAAAAUGAGAACAUCGCUUUUGCCAUGAAGUGUAUAAGGAAGAAGCACAUUGUUGACACUAAACAGCAGGAACAUGUCUACUCCGAGAAGAGGAUCCUGGAGGAGCUGUGUUCUCCCUUCAUCGUGAAAUUGUAUCGUACUUUCAAGGACAAUAAAUACGUAUACAUGCUUCUGGAGGCCUGCUUAGGUGGGGAGCUCUGGAGUAUAUUAAGGGACAGAGGCAGCUUCGAUGAACCCACCUCCAAAUUCUGUGUGGCCUGCGUGACAGAAGCAUUCGAUUAUCUACACCGACUAGGCAUUAUCUACAGAGACCUGAAGCCAGAGAACUUAAUUCUGGAUGCCGAUGGCUACCUUAAGUUGGUUGACUUUGGAUUCGCUAAGAAGAUUGGCUCUGGGCAGAAAACGUGGACAUUCUGUGGGACUCCAGAGUAUGUGGCCCCCGAGGUCAUUCUUAACAAAGGACAUGACUUCAGUGUGGAUUUCUGGUCCCUGGGGAUUCUGGUCUAUGAGCUUCUAACGGGCAACCCUCCCUUUUCUGGGAUAGACCAAAUGAUGACCUACAAUUUGAUUCUCAAAGGGAUCGAGAAAAUGGAUUUUCCUAGAAAGAUAACAAGGCGACCCGAGGAUUUGAUCCGGAGGCUUUGCAGGCAAAACCCAACAGAAAGGCUGGGGAACCUGAAGAAUGGGAUCAACGACAUUAAGAAACACAGGUGGUUAAACGGUUUCAAUUGGGAGGGGUUGAAAGCACGGAGCCUUCCCUCACCUUUACGAAGAGAGCUCAGUGGCCCCAUAGAUCACAGCUACUUUGACAAGUAUCCUCCUGAAAAGGGGGUUCCUCCGGAUGAAAUGUCAGGCUGGGAUAAGGACUUCUGACAGGAGAGAAACCGACGCCACCGUGGAAGAGGACCGUGAGGAUCGGUGACACGAUGCUGAUUAUCCCUCUCUUCAAAGCAUUGUUAGAUCUCCCGGAAGACAAUGGCAGAAAAGAAAACCCUGAUAGACAGGGAAGGAGAGUGGCCGGAUGUGGUUCUGAAUGAGAAUGUGUCCUUUAGAUGCUGUGAAUUAUUCCUGUAUUCCAUUCUGUUCUUGUCUAAAGAUGUCAAAGGUUGUUCCUUUCCAUUUCCAUGGUCCGAUCCAUUUUCGUUGGCAUAGCACAGUUUUCUCUCAAAUCGGUUUCUCCCUCCAAAUCAAACUCUCCUGCCUAGAAUCCUAAUAAUAUUAAUAUGGCUUUUGUUCUCGAGCACCUAAGUUAUCCAGAUAGAAGGAAGACUACAGAACAACGUUAGAAGAAUCACUCCAGGGCUCAGCAGACACCAGGGACUUCCUCCUCCGAUUGUGGUUUCCAGACAUCUUGGGAAGUCAAUAGAAGACCAUGAAUUUUAUUUUCUUUCAACUUACAGAUACACUAAUAUAUUUUUCGAUGUUAUUGAAGCAAAAGGAAACAUUUGGAUAUUAAUGAGUAGUGCCAGUUACUAAAGAAGGCCAGUCAAUCAAAUCAGAUAAUCAUAUCAGUUUUAAUAAAAAAAUAGAAAAAAUAAAGCAAAAACCAUUCCUUUUCCUUUGACCAGUUGCGAUACUGCAGAACUUACCAAAAACUUUGUUAAAAAUAGUUUGGAAAGUGUGGCUAAAUGAUGGGCCUUCGGGAAGGUUUAACUUAGGCUAAAAAAUAUAUUUCCACUACCAAAGUAGAAAACUCAGUGGAAUAAAAUCCUAGGGACAUUUCCUUCCCACCGAAGACAAAGCAUAACGAACCCUGACAGCUAAAGUUGCUGACUCUUGCAAUCUCUGAGAUACUUCGUUCAAUCCUGUUACUACUGCUAUUAGUAAACCCAAAGUAUAGAAAGACCACGUGGGAUUUUUAACGAGAAGCCCAUUGGCGAAUGUUGAGACUCGCAAUCACUGUAGAGGUAAUGGUUUUGCUUGAAGGAGGCAAUCAAGUCUUGUAUAUAGAGAGAACCCAGGAUACUGAGGGUGUGAUGGGAUUUUAGAAGGAAAAUGAACGCCCAGAAGCUGGCCUUGUCCUGUUGCCUCUUGGCGAUCUUCCAAUCUGGAAGUGAGAGAAAAGCUUCCAGUGCACUGGACUCCUGUCCCUGAAAGCUUUCCUGGUGUUUGUAGGUGUCCCACUUCUCCCUUUCCUUCCAAACUGAUGGCAGAUGUCCCUGUAUAUUUCUCGUCUGGAAGAGGAGAGACAGUAUCCUGAUUCAUGUAUCAUUCACGCUUCUGGUUGUAUUUUCAUAUGAUAUAUUCUAUGUGAAAAGAAAACCGUCCAUUCCACAGACACAUCUCCAUUCUUUAGAGAAAGUCAGCUGUCUGUCUCAUGAAGACUGAAGCCAGAGAAGCAAAGCCCAGAAUAAGAAAGUGCAUCCUUAAGAAAUUAUAUUUACACAUUUAGAGUCCUUUGCUGAACCAAAGAGUUUCGUUUCUCGGGAUAGAUUUUUAAAGAUUAUGUAUUGUAUAUAGAAAAGCCAUUUUUAAUAGGGUUAAUAUAACAUGCUUAAAGAAUUUCUAAAGUCUAAAAGUAUCUUAUUUGCAUUUGGUUUCUAUGUACUAUAUGUUUUUCCAUGUAUAUAUUUUAUAAUUACCAACAUAUGCAGGUAGAAAACUGAUCUAUUCGAUGGCCCUUAAGACUGUACAGUUAUAGUAACAAUGGUUUUCUCAAGAGUGUCUCAUUAUUGUAAUUGAAAAGACAAAUCUGACAUGUAGAGAGUUAAAACACACCUCAGAGGUUAAUUUUUUUUCUCAGUGGCCAUACCAUAUAUAAUUCCCACACAUGAUUUAAUGUGUUUCCUUUAUAAAGAGGAGGAUGUAUGAGAAUGAAUUAUCAUUUAAUCUCAACUUGAUUUCUAACUCAGUGACCUGGGGAAAAUGAUUUGUCUUUGGGUACUAGCUUCCUACUUGUAGAACAAAGACUAGGUACAGCGGUCUCUACAGACAGAUCCUGCUGGUAUUUGUGAAGUGGUCCUUGCUACAUCGGUGGAAGCUACUGUUACUAUCUCUGUUGAAAUUAAAGCGGCCUUAAUAACUAUUUAGUUCUGAACCAUGUGUGUCAAUGGUGUCUAUGUGCAAAACUUUGAGUUAAGUCUCUGCAGUAAAGAUGGUUGAUCAAA